AUGCAGUUCUUUUCCGGCUCAUCAAAGACCCCGGGCUCCGGCGCUUCACAAUCCGCCACCACUGCUGCUGCUGCCACUGCUGCACAACCCACCUUGCAGCCCUCGGCUGCUGCUUCUGCUGCUCCUUCUUCUAUUCAACAACAACAACAACAACAACAGCAUCCUACAUCAUCUUCAUCAACAUCUCAUCCUUCUUUCUUCUCAUCUACCUUUGGUGGCUUCUUUAACCCUCGCAGCCCUAGUACUGACUCUACCCACAGUAACAUUCAAUCUGAUUUAAAUAAUACCCCCUAUAAUCAACCAGCAUCUUAUACAGGAACAUCAGCUUCCACAGCUUCGCGGCGUGCACGCUCACUCUCGCGGCCCCGCUACUCAAAUAUUGCACCCCCAAUCACUGCCGAUGAAGCCAUGAACCUAUCACGCGCCAUUUCUCGCGUGGAUUCCUCUACUACUGAUCGCACACACAGCCCUGCCACGUCAGAAAAUGAGUAUCGUGCAUCAUCAGUUUCUAGACCAGGAUCUACUGCAGGCGUUAAUGGGCCUUCAAGUUACGCAAGCAAUAACCCUCACCAUAAUUAUGGUCGUUAUGAUGGAGGCACUCUUUCGCGGGUCGUGUCUGCAGAGCCGGACUUUGCUGCACCUACCCACCAAGAUGUGAGCCAUUUGGCUGCUGGCAUUCCUGCCUUCCCCUCCUAUUCUUCUAUACAACAACAAAGCAGCACAGCAUCAAACAUACCCAAUGAUGCUUCAAACAGCAUAUCGUCUUCGGGCCUUGCACAGCGUCUGGAGCAAUUACAAACUAGUGGUGGUGGCUUUGCUGGCUCUGAUAAGAGUGCAGCAACACCAAUGUCUCCCACCACUCCUUAUCGACCUCACCACCGCCUGCGGCGGAACUCUGGGUCGGGUGCGCGAUACCAAGGCAUUGGUUUGGUUGCUGCCUACGAUCAAACCACGCUUUAA